CUCGCAGCGUCUAGCCAACUGCUGGGCCAUGGCACAACUGUCCUACUCAUGGUGUCCACUUAGGUUGGAGACCUGAAGGUAACCAGAACAGAACUGCAGACUCGUAGCGGCCAGCGCAUGCGCGAAUGCCUCGCGUACUGCACGCCAGCUUUGCGUCCGACGAGCUCAAUGCUGAGCGCCUGGUGAUGCCCAAGCUGCCACCACAGCUCAAGCAGCAGCUCUUCAAGACCCCGAAGCUUCGACAGCACCUGGCCACGCAGGCGCAGAGUCUGCUGGAUCUGGCGGAGCUCUCCGGGCCGGACUCGGCGGCUCAGAUCAGGGAGGGCUUCGAGAAGGGAUUGGAGGCGCUAAAUCACGAGGCAGAUCUGCACCCCUUGCAGUUUCAGCAGUCGCUGAAGGAGUUGGCGGCGAUUGAGAAGAUGGUAAAGGUCCAUUCGGUUGGCUUCCUUGCCUUUCUGCCGCCGCCGCCGCGUAGUGAGCUGAAAGACUUCUUGUAGCGCGGCGAA